CGCACAACAUAUACACACACACAUAUAUCCACCUUUUCUUGAUAUAAAUAAAAACAGAAUAUAAAUCUUAAAACAUCAAAUGAACAUUGGAGAUACAAAUAGUAACGAAAUUCUGUUUCUAAACUUUAACCAAGACUUUAGUUGUGUUUCUAUUGGUACUGAAAAAGGCUACAGAAUUUAUAACUGUGAUCCUUUUGGCAAAUGCUAUUCGAAACUCGCUGGAGGAACUGGAAUUGUGGAGAUGUUAUUUUGUACAUCGCUUGUCGCACUUGUUGGGGCUGGUGAACAGCCAGCAUUUUCACCAAGACAAUUACAAAUCAUCAAUACAAAGAGACAAACGACAAUUUGUGAGCUAUCAUUUCCUACUGCUAUUCUCGCAGUCAAAAUGAAUAGAAGAAGAUUAAUUGUUGUGUUGGAAGAGCAGAUCUUUUUAUAUGAUAUCAGCAAUAUGAAGCUUCUUCAUACCAUUGACACAAAUCCUAACCCUCAAGCUAUUUGUGCCUUAUCUCCUUCGAGUGAAAAUUGCUUCAUCGCUUAUCCUGCGCGCUCUUCUACAUCACCUUUUUCACCCAAUAAUCAAUCUAACAACACAUUUUAUGUGUCAGGUGAUGUCGAAUUAUUUGAUGCGCUUGGUUCCCAAACUACCAAUAUCGUUCAAGCGCAUAAGAGUCCUGUCAGCUGUAUCUCUAUGAAUGCCGAAGGUACUUUAUUGGCAACGGCCAGUGAGAAAGGAACUGUUAUUCGAAUUUUCAAUACCUCCAACGCUGAAAAAGUGUACCAGUUUAGACGUGGAUCAUACCCAGCAAAAAUUUAUUCCAUGUCAUUUAACAUGGUGAGCUCACUUUUAUGUGUAUCAAGUGCAACUGAGACUGUUCACAUCUUCAAAUUAGCGGCAAGCGGUAGUCCUGGACUUGGUAAUAACAAUAAUAAUAAUAAUAAUGGUUAUGGUAACAAUGGCAUGUACGCCAAUGAUCAACAAGAAAAGGAACCAAGGGGUAGAAGUUCAAGCGUUGGUCAAAUUCUUCGACGAUCAUCAAUGCACCUUGGACGAAAUUUAGCUGAAAGUAUGGGGUCGUAUUUACCUGAUGUUUUGACUGAAAUUUGGGAACCUACUCGAGAUUUUGCCUGGCUCAAGUUACCAAGUGCAGGUGUAAGAAGUCUAGUUGCUCUCAGCAGUACUACACCCCAGGUGAUGGUGGUUACCUCGGAAGGAUUUUUUUAUCAAUACAAUAUUGAUCUGGAAAGCGGUGGAGAAUGUGUACUUCUCAAGCAGUAUAGCUUGUUAGAACCGACAGAUGAUAAUAUUGGUGUAGACCAGUGAGCAUUAUACUCAUUUUUUAUCAAUUUUGAUAUGAUACCUAUUUUUCCCUAUGAAAUGUAUGAAAACUAUGUAAUAAAGUUAUUGUUCAGACAUGCCCUCUAUAAAUGUUGUUUAUCGCUACAGACUUUUGCAAUGUUUCCGAAGGGCCUAACGUGUCAAAUAAAAAU